AUGUCAAACAAGCGCCCUAACUUCCUCAUCAUCGUCGCAGACGAUCUUGGGUUCUCCGAUGUUGGUUGCUUCGGCGGAGAGAUCCGCACACCCAAUGUCGAUAAGUUGGCGGCCAAAGGUCAUCGGUUCACCGACUUCCAUGCUGCCGCCGCCUGUUCGCCAACGCGUGCCAUGAUCAUGACUGGUACGGACCAUCACAUCGCCGGUCUUGGAAAUCUCAUCGAGUGGACCAUGCACAAUGGCCAGAACACCACCAAGGGCGGAGCCCUUGAGACUGCACCGCAGCGUGGUAUGCCGGGAUAUGAAGGCUACCUGAAUGAGCGUGUUGUUGCUCUCCCCGAGAUCAUGCGGGAUGGCGGUUAUCAUACCAUCAUGAGUGGUAAAUGGCACCUGGGCCUGACGCCUGAGCGUUCGCCGCACCAACGGGGCUUCAAGCGCUCCUUUGCCCAUCUCCCAGCUUGCAGCAAUCACUACGCUUUCCAGCCCGAAUUGAAUGAGGAGCAGCCUCCACGCUUCCUUGAAGCAACUUCAAUCCCUCUUCAUAUGGAGGAUGAUCACUACGUCAACAAGCUCCCGGAGGGUUGGUACUCCUCUAACGGGUACGGAGACAUCAUGCUCAAGUACCUGAAGGAAUGGAAAGAAGGAGAGGAUAAGGAUGCCCCCUUCUUCGCCUACUUCCCCUUCACUGCACCGCAUUGGCCACUCCAGGCGCCUCAGGAGUACAUCAAGAACUACAGGGGGGUUUAUGACGAUGGUCCGGAUGCUCUACGUCUCCGUCGCCUUGCACAGUUGAAGAAGAUGGGCUUAGUCCCAGAGGAUGUCAACCCCCACCCCGUCUCGGCUGAGGACUCUCCCGAGUGGGAAGACAUGACUCCUGAGCAAAGGGCAAAGUCUGCUCGUGCCAUGGAAUGCUUCGCUGGGAUGGUCGAGUGUAUUGAUGCUAAUGUUGGGAAGGUCAUGGACUACCUCGAGUCUGUUGGCGAGCUGGACAACACGUUUGUCUGCUUCAUGUCUGAUAAUGGGGCCGAGGGUGCAGCUUAUGAGGCCUACCCUAUUGUACAGACAACCGUGAUGGACCAUCUGCGUCAAUACUAUGAUAACAGCCUUGAGAACCUGGGCAACGGCAACAGCUUCAUCUGGUACGGCCCGCGGUGGGCACAAGCCUCCACCGCCCCAUCUCGACUGUACAAGGCGUUCACUACGGAGGGUGGCAUUCGUGUUCCCUUUGUCGUCAAGUAUCCCAAGUCCUUCGAGCCUGCAAGCGGAGAAGCGGCGAAGCCAAUCACCCACCGCUUCGCCACUGUCAUGGACCUCGCGCCCACCGUCCUCGACAUGGCAGGUCUCACGCACCCGGCGCCCACGUACAAGGGCCGUGAGGUCGUCACCAUGCGCGGCGAGUCGAUGGUUCCGUUUCUCAAGGGUACCAAGGAAGGAGUGCACGACAAGGAGUUCAUCCAGGGCUGGGAGACCUGCGGCCGUGCGGCCAUUCGCAAGGGCGACUGGAAAGCAGUCUGGAUCCCCAAGCCGAAAGGCCCGGAGCGAUGGCAGUUGUAUGACCUCAGCACGGACAAGGGUGAGAUUGAGGACCUAUCGGAGAAGGAACCGGAGAGACUCAAGGAACUGCUCAAGCUGUGGGAUCAGUACGUCCUGGAAACCGGUGUGGUCACUCUGUGCCCUGACCAGGGCCGUUUCGUAGAGGCUAUGGAGGAGCAGAUGACUGAGAACGGAUGGAUGGAGUACGAGUACUGGCAUAAGGGAGCCCAGCCAGGCAUGGAGAACAUGCAGAAGUUUAUUUGCAAGCCUCCUCGAUUCGAGAGGACGAUCAAGGCCAUAAUUGUUGUUGGCGAAUUCUUCAUCAGCGGGUUCAACAUCGUCCUCCCGGGCCUCGGCGAUGCCCUAUCCAUCCCCGCGGACUCGCGGACGUGGCCCGCCAGCGUCUUCACGCUCGUCACCGGCGCCUUCCUCCUGCCGUUCGCUCGCCUGGCCGAUAUGUACGGCGGGUACCUCGUCUUCAACGCCGGCCUCGUCUGGUUUCUCAUCUGGUCCGUCAUCGCCAGCUUCAGCUGCGACUACGUGAUGCUCAUAUUCUGCCGCGCACUGCAGGGCCUCGGCCCAGCCGCCGUCGGGCCGGCAACCAUCAUGAUGCUCGGACGGGUAUACCGCCCUGGCCCGCGCAAGAACCUCGUCUUCUGUCUCUAUGGUGCCAGCGCCCCUCUCGGCUUCUUCUUUGGCAUCUUCGUCGGAGGCGUCGCCAGCGAGUAUCUGUCUUGGAAGUGGUACUUUUGGAUCGGGGCGAUGGUCUUGGGCUUGACGGUCCUGACGGCCAUCUUCUCCAUGCCCAGAGACAAGAAGGCCGACCUCCCUACCGACCUGCGGAUGGAUUGGCUCGGUGUUGUGACGACCGUUCCCGGCCUUCUUCUUGUCGUGUUUGCGUUCACAGAUGGAGGCCAUGCGCCACGAGGCUGGGCGACUCCGUAUAUCUGUGUGACAUUCAUACUCGGAGUGGCUUUCCUUGGCCUGGCGGUAUAUGUGGAAGGCUGGGUUGCAAGACAGCCGCUCUUUUCGACUGCGCUGCUCCGACCAAAGUACAUGAAGCUCCUGGUCGUCACUUUGUUUGCGUCUUAUGGCAUCUUUGGUCUCUAUUUGUUCUAUGCAAGUUUCUACAUCGAGCUCGUUAUGCAUGCUGGCCCAUUGCAAGCAGCCGCCUGGUUCACGCCCAUGGCCGCUGGAGGGCUCAUUAUCGCCACCAUCGGAGGUUUCACACUUCACCUGCUGCCCGGCCGCAUGCUCCUCCUGAUCGCCGGCGCCGGGCACUUGGUAGCCAUGCUCCUGUUUGCCAUCAUACCCGAGAACGGUAGCUAUUGGGCAUACGUCAUGCCGGCCAUGAUCGGCGCCACAGUCGGGAUAGACAUCAUCUACAACGUGACUACCAUCUUCAUCACCACCAGCCUGCCCCGGGAUCGCCAGGGAGAGGCCGGAGCGCUGAUCAACUGCAUCAUUGCCCUCGGUAUCAGUUUUUUUCUAGGGCUGGCAGAUCUUGCUGUUGCCAGCAAUGAGCAUCUGGGCACCCGAGGGAGUUUCAAAGUCGCGUUCUGGUUCGGCGUUGGGCUGUCUGGUGCCUCGUUGGUAGCCUUUGCAUUCAUCAAGAUAGGUAGCGCAAAGAGUGAGCUCACACACGAAGAACGAGUGAAUCUCGAGACGCUGGGGCCAGGGCAUGUACUAAGUAAUGGCCACGAUAUGGUUGCCAGGCACUCUGCUUCAGGGCAGGAACUAUCCCAUGACACAGGGACUUAG